AUGUACAUACCUAAUUCAAAAUGGACUUGGACCUUCGCCCUCGUCGCCUUGGUCCAGGCGUGUGUCGUUCUCGCUUUUGAGAGCUAUGUCUUUGCUCAUUUCCAAAUCCACCUUCAAGGUGUUGGUGCAACCAACAACACUUCGUCUCGAACCAUCCCGACCUUUUUGACCCUCUAUAUUUUCGGUUUCAUUUAUCAACUCAUCCUCGUAUGGGAUGCUCUGCGUAUGAAAAAUACCAUUCAAGUCAUUGGCUUGGUGUUGUACAAUAUCGGCCUCCUCAUUUAUGGCUCUGUACAAAUGGAACAGAUCAGGGAUGCCGUGUUUCAAUUGGCGGAAGAUGAUUUCAUCCAUCGAGAGGUCUGGGGUGACACAAAACCAUUCUUGAUCGCGAUUCCAUGCAUUUUGGCCUUCGGGACUGUUCUUAUGGCAGGAUGUGCCUGGAAGCUAUAUGACGAAUUUGCCUGGACCAUUUACAAACGCAUUUCGGCCGAUCUGAGGAUGAAACGACGAUAUCUUCAGUAUCAGGUCUAUAUUGCUUUGUUGAAGUUCGACUUCUUCUUCUUCCUUGGAUUCACCGUCCAAUUCGUCGUCAUUGUCACCCAGCGACAAGUCGAAUUCGCCCUUACCAUUGCAGCCAUUCCGGUCACCAUCCUCAUUCUUCUGGCCGCUGCUUGGUUUGUUCGAAAGGAAUCCCUUUGGGGAACCAUUGGAGUUAUUAUCCUCUACUUUGGUGGUCUCGCAUACUUUAUCUUCAAGAUGGUUCGAAUGUACUCUCCGUCUCACGAAGGUCCAUAUCUCCCAGCACGAAAAGAACUCACCACAUUCGCCAUCUUGACCAUCAUUCUCAUUCUUCUCACCAUCGCGAAUGCAUGUCUGUGCGCGAACAAUUACAACAAGGGCCUCAAGCCCUACGUCAAUAAAUCAUCCAGUAACGAAGAUGAUGAGAAACCCAUGGCGAGUGCUUAUGCGCCCUAUGCCACUGAGAUGAAACCCGGUGUAAAUGGAAAAUUGCCGGCGGCCAGACCAUCGGGUGCCAGGAUGGAGAUUGACUAA